AUGAGCCUAGACUCUCUGUUUCAGCACAUUUUCCUGGCAGAGCAGAAAUCAGAGGAGAAGAGGCGCCUCAUGCACCAAGUUAAACAGGAAAUAACUGUAAGUCAUGAAAAAGUGAAACAAGCCACAGAACAACUGGAUGAAGCAAGAAGAAAAUUAGAAGCUAAGGUUCAAUUAUUGUCUGAAAAGAUUGUUGAUUUGGAACUCUUGAAAAAAUUGGAAGAGAGCUUAGAAAAACAGAAAGCUGAACUUCUAAAUCAGAACUGUAUUCUGCGUGAAACCUUGAUGGAUUCAAAGAGAAAAAUGGCCAUAGAGGAGGACAAAUUUUUGAAGGAAAUUACAGACUUCAACAAUGAAUAUGGCCUAACAUCCACUCGGGAGCUUUUAAUUAAAAAACGAGUCAAAGCUGAAAUAUGUGACUUAGAAGAGAGAGAAAAUGUUUUGAGAAAUGAAAUUAAGUCAAUGGAACAUGAAUACGUUCAGUUAAAAAUGUUUCAGCUGCAAAAAAAUGAAUUAAAACAGGAUUUCUCUACUCUCCAGAAGAAAAACCGAGAUUUAGAAGAAGAAAUAAGAGAAGCUAAAAUCAUCACAAAAUGUUUAGAAGCAGAAAAAAUCAAAAUCAGUGAAAAACCUCAAACUGAUGCUGAAUAUGUAAGGCUUAAAAAGGAAUUGGAGAGUUACCGAGAAGACAAAAUGGAAAAUGUCUGUGAAGCUCUUCAAACAGAAAUUGAAUUUCUGCAGAUGAAACUGUUACAAAAAAAUCUUCAGUCAAAUAAAUAA